AAGUGGAAAAAAAGUUAAACAAUUAAAAAUGUAAAGGCCGCUACUUUUGCGACUAUAUAAAAUUCGACUCUAGUCGCCAUAGGCUUUCACAUCCUCGUUGAGAACUAGUACACCAAAUAUGGGGUUGACCGGAACCACGCUGGUGUUGGUGUGUGUGGCCUUCUUCGGCAGCGCUGCAGCCCACAAUUGCCAGAACGGAACGAGACCCGCAUCGGAGGAAAACCGAGAAGGCUGCGACUAUUACUGCUGGAACUCUGGCACCAAUUCAUGGGACCAAUUUUUCUUUGGGGACGGAGAAAAAUGCUUUUACAACACUGGCGAAAAGGGAAUUUGUCAAAACGGAGAAUGUCAUUUGACAAAUAAUUCAGGUGGGCCCAACGAGACUGAUGACAACACUCCUGCGCCCACUGAAAAGCCCAAGCAAAAAAAGAAGAAAACUAAGAAGCCUAAGAAACCUAAGCGCAAGUCAAAGAAAGAUCAGUAGGAGAACUUCUCACUAGAAGAACUAAACCUAAACCAGGCUAAAUAAAGUUGAGCACACUGA